CGCCAUUCUCACUCGCGAAGUCACGUGACAGAACACUCAUUUUCAAAACAACAGUAACGAAAAUAGCAAGUGUGCUAAGAAGACAUUAAAACAACCUUAUUAAUAUGAACGGUUGUUGCUUCUAUAGUUAUAGCUCCUUGCUAUAGCUAACGUUAUACUCCUCGUCCAGAUUAAAGAACGGAUGAUGAACUGCCGGCCGGCAUAACUUACUGUAACCGUUUAUCAAGCUUUUUCAGGCACACCUAAAUCAAUAUUUCAGCACGUUAAGCUUUUAAAUCAGACCUAAACAUGGCGAGCCCUCUUCUCGAGUAUGAGACGGAGAUGUUUCUGAGUCUCUUCAGUACAGAUGGACUCCUGAUCACAGCUGAGGGUCUUGGUAUUGACAGACUUCUCUUACACUUUAUGAAGGUGUAUUCAGAGGAGGGCAGUCUGGUUCUUCUCCUAAACACAACUACCCCUGAGCAGGAGUAUUUCACAGAACAGCUACGAGCUGAAGGGGUGAGCCAUCUUCCUCAAACUGUGACCAGUGAUGUACAGAGCAGCGACAGAUAUGAUGUUUACACCAGAGGAGGAGUUUUGUUUGUGACCAGUCGCAUCUUAGUGGUUGACUUCCUUACAGACCGAAUUCCUGCUCACCUUAUAACGGGAAUACUGGUGUUUCGUGCCCAUAAGAUCAUUGAAUCAUGUCAGGAGGCUUUCAUUCUGAGGCUUUAUCGGCAAAAAAACAAGACGGGCUUUAUCAAAGCUUUUACAGAUAAACCGACAUCCUUCACUUCUGGCUUUUGUCAAGUUGAGCGUGUGAUGAGAAAUCUGUUUGUGAAGAAACUCUUUCUGUGGCCAAGAUUCCAGGCAUCAGUCAACACAACACUGGAAAAGCACAAGCCUGAUGUGGUGGAGUUGCAUGUGUCUUUGACUCCAGCGAUGAGAGCCAUCCAGAGCUCGAUUCUUGACAUCAUGAACGCCUGCUUGAAGGAGCUGAAGCGCUAUAAUCCAACUCUGGAGGCAGAAGAUCUCUCUCUGGAGAACUCGCUGGGCACUGCCUUUGAGAAAACGAUCCGCCAUUACCUCGACCCAUUGUGGCAUCAGCUGGGGUCCAGGACCAAAUCUCUAGUUCAGGACCUGAAGAUUUUAAGAACACUUCUUCUGUACCUCACUCAGUAUGACUGCGUCACAUUCCUCAAUCUGCUGGAGUCUUUGAGAACCAGCCAGAAAAGCUUUGGUAGUAAUUCAGGCUGGUUGUUCCUGGACUCAAGCACAUCAAUGUUUGUAAAUGCUCGCAGUCGGGUGUAUCGCUUUCAAGAUUUGAAGAAGAAAAUGAAAGUUGGAGAGAUUGACCAGAAGCACUUUGCCAUAGCCCCUUUAACAAGAGAGCUGGUGCUUGAGAAAAAUCCAAAGUGGGAAGCUUUAACCGAGGUGCUAAAGGAGAUUGAGAAGGAGAACAACAGCUCUCAGCGUGAACCAGGCCGUGUGUUGAUAUGCGCCAGUGAUGACAGAACCUGCGCUCAGUUGAAGGAAUAUAUCCAAAAAGGUGCAGACCACCUUCUGAAUCGCCUUUAUAAGCGCACAAUUGGAAAAGACGAUCCCGAGUCUGAUCUGCUGAAGAAUGAGAAAGGCUGGCCUAGACGGCUCUCCGGUAAGACGAGCAAAGGAAAAAAUGGGCAGCCAAAAAGUGCCAAAGCCAACUCAAAAAGACCCAAAAAGACUGAGAAACAAGAAGUGGGUGAAAAGGACCUGAUUGGAAACAGUGAAGACGAAGGAGGUCUAGCUGAAGUUGAGGAAGAGGAAGAAGAAGAGGUUCUUUUAGAUCUUUCUUCAGAUGACUACUACGGUAUUCUUAAGGAGCCACUCACAGUCAUUCACCCAUUGAAAGGCUGCAGUGACCCCUACAGUCUCACAAGGGUGUUGCAUGAGGUUGACCCCAUGUUUGUGGUUUUAUAUGAUGCUGAACUCAGUUUUGUGCGACAACUGGAAAUUUAUAAAGCCAGCAGACCAGGAAAACCACUCCGUGUGUAUUUCCUUAUAUAUGGAGGCUCGACAGAAGAGCAGCGGUACCUUACAGUCCUAAACAAAGAAAAACAAGCGUUUGAGCAUCUCAUAAGAGAAAAAGCCAGCAUGGUUGUGCCAGAAGAGAGAGAAGGUAGGCAGGAUACCAACCUAGAUCUCGUCCGCAGUCAGGAGCCCGCCACUGCUGCCACUGACACCCGCAAAGCAGGGGGUCGUGAAGAAGUUAAAGAGCCUCAUCGAAUCAUAGUUGACAUGAGGGAGUUUCGCAGUGAGCUUCCGUCUCUUCUGCAUCGAAGAGGUCUAGACAUCGAACCUGUCACCCUAGAGGUCGGUGACUACAUAGUGACUUCGGAGAUCUGCGUAGAGCGCAAAAGUGUCAGCGAUCUCAUUGGUUCGCUGCAGAGCGGCCGUCUUUACACACAGUGCCUCUCGAUGACCCGAUUCUAUCGUCGCCCAGUGCUACUUAUCGAAUUUGACCCAGCAAAACCCUUCUCGCUGGUGGCCCGCAGUGACCUCCGGCAGGAGAUCUCCGCCAAUGACGUCACCUCCAAACUGGCUCUCCUCACUCUUCAUUUCCCACGCUUGAGGCUGCUCUGGUGUCCGUCGCCUCACGUUACAGCAGAGUUGUUUCAGGAGCUGAAACACGGCCGCCCAGAACCCGACGCUGCGGCCGCUCAGGCCAUCACGGUGGAGUCGGAAACCGUGACAGAGUCCGCAGACCUGUACAACCCCGGGCCUUAUGAUUUUUUGCUUCGUAUGCCUGGAGUCAAUGUGAAAAACUUUAGAAGCCUUCUGAAACAUGCUUCCUGUCUGGCUGAUCUUGUGACAUUUAGUCAGGAAAAACUAAGUGAGAUAUUGGACAGUACCAGCAAUGCCAGACAGCUUUAUGAAUUCAUUCACAAUCCCGUGAAUGCAGUGCCUAUUCAGAAAAACAAGUAGAAGUACUUGUGCGGUUAACUCAGGUUUGUUGCAACUUUGUACUUUUUCAGCGAGAGUGCAUGUCUUGUAUUAAUUAUGAAAUUCAUGCAUAAAGUGUAUUGAAUGAAUUGCUGUUGUAUAUUUAAAAACUUUGUAUGCUAGUAUUAAACUUUCUAGUUGCAUGUAGGAGUUAAUCUGUAGUUGUGUAUUGUAGAUAAGCAGACAUUUAAAUGCAAUUGUUUGCAGUCUCUAAGUAGGCUUAAAGCAUUUUUAUACAUUUUUGUAAGAUAUUAAAAUGAUUGUGAUGAAAAAUAAAUUAUUUCUAAACAUC